UGUAUUUUGAAAAUUUCUUGCAAACGAAGGUACCUUCUUCCUUCAUCAUCAAUCAAAAACCUUUUUUUUUUUCAUUUCCUUUCUCCUUUGAACUCUUCCCUCUCCACCCUCAAAAUCAAAUAUUUCCAUUUUCCCCCAAAAGUUAUCGCCAUGCGUGGUGAAAAAUCUUUAGCUAUAGUUGCAUCACCAUCUGCGGCGACGGAGACGAGAGAUUCAGCGACAGCGUUAGCUCCUGGGUUUCGAUUCCACCCAACAGAUGAGGAGUUGGUUAGCUAUUACUUGAAAAGAAAAGUUUCAAACAAGCCUGUCAGAUUUAACGCUAUCGCUGAAGUUGAUUUUUACAAGCAUGAGCCUUGGGACCUUUCAGACAAGUCAAGGUUGAAAACCAGAGACCAGGAAUGGUAUUUUUUCAGUUUACUGGACAAGAAGUAUGGAAAUGGAGGAAGAAUGAAUAGGGCAACAAACCAAGGGUAUUGGAAGGCCACAGGGAAGGACCGAGAAGUCCGCCACAAUGCACAGCUUAUUGGGAUGAAAAAGACACUAGUAUUUCAUAAUGGGAGAGCUCCAGAUGGGUUGCGGACCAAUUGGGUUAUGCACGAGUAUCGGCUUGUCGAAGAAGAAUUGGAAAGAAUUGGGGCAUUGCAGGGGUAUGUGCUAUGUAGAGUAUUUCAUAAGAAUAAUAUCGGACCACCCAAUGGAAACCGAUAUGCCCCUUUCAUUGAAGAAGAAUGGGAUGACGGUUCAGAAGCAUUGGUUCCAGGAGUAGAUGUUGGGGAUGAUGAUGUAGGUGGAAAUAAUUUGAUAGAUGGGAAGGAAGUGGCAGCAGAUAAGAAUGAAGUGAUUGAAAGGAAUGGUGUUCAAAGGAUUAGUUUUGAGCAGGAGAUUCAAAAUGCUGAUGAGGAUGUACCAGCUGAUGAUGAAGGUCCGAGGAAGUCACCGAACGAGAGAACAGAUGACCGUCCUUCACUAACUGCAUGCAAGAUGGAGAGACUGAAUAAAGGCCCUUCUUUAUGUUUGGUUAAUAGAGAAGCACCCUUACCGCUAAUCCAUUACAAGAGAAGACGCCAGAACGAUUCAGGACCCAACCAUGCAAAUGUUUCCGAGAACUCAACUAGAGCAACUCAGGAUAACUGUUCAUCUACAACAACAGCAGUGACGACCUCAAUGUCACCGUCAUCAGAUACAACCACGGCAGUUUCUGCACUCUUGGAAUUUUCUUUAAUGGAAUUCAGAGAAACCAGAGAGAAGAAGCCUCGUGUUCCACCACCGAUAUAUGAAACCGCUAAUCUGGAUUCAAUGUUGCCUCCUGGCUGCAUGAAACUUAUCAAGGAAUUGCAGGAUGAGGUCCGCAAGAUUUCUGCCGAGAGGGAGACAUUAAAGCUCGAAAUGAUGAGUGCUCAAGCGAUGGUUAACAUUCUCCAGUCGAGAUUAGAUGUGCUUAUCGAGGAGAAUGAGGAGCUGAAGGGGGGAGGGGGGAAGAGAAGGGAUCAUGUAGCCAUCCUUAAGAGGUAGCAUCUGGUUUGAAUCCAAACGUCUGCAAUAAUUUCUUCUCUGUUACUUGCAGCCUACUUCUGUAAAAAUGUAAACGAAGAGCUUAAGUACUCUUAAUGUUUUCUGGUGUUCUUCGUGGACAUUGUAUUAGCAUUUGGUUGUUGAA